CGGUUUGUCGCAAUACUCGCAAUUUAUCGUGGGCACAUUGUUUUGCGUUGCUUGAUGUAAAAGUAGGACUUUAACGAUCUUGACACAAGCGUAUUGCGUUGCUAAAAAUCUUAAUAUAGUCAAAAUGGUUUUAAGUCCGACUACGAAACAAAGGAUAGCCAUCGUCCUGAAUGUGAGCAAAUUCGUAUUUCAAUGGGGUUUUAUUCCUGCCAUACUCUUUUUAGGUUAG